UCCCAGGGGAGAAGGCCCUCCGCCGCGCUCUCAUUGGCCGCCGGGCCGUCAGCUGGUGCUAUUUGCUGCUGUCGCUUUUGGCGCUCGGCCAUCCAGAAACAAACCCCUCGGAUGACUACUAAUAGUUAUAGCCAGAUGUACUAAUACACAACAAAUCACGGUCCGGGAAUCUGGGGAGCGUCCAUGAGUUCCUAUUUUGUGAAUCCCCCUUUCCCUGGGAGCUUGCCUAAUGGGCAAGAGUCCUUCCUGGGGCAGCUCCCCCUCUACCCCGCGGGCUACGAGGCGCUGAGGCAUUUCCCCAGCUCGUAUGGGGCCGGCAGCCUGCAGGACAAGCCCUACUCCGCCGCCUCACCUUGCUUCUACCAACAGUCGGCCACCAACGCGGUCAUCGCCUGCAACCGGGCGCCCUAUGACUAUGGAGCCUCCUGCUUCUACUCGGACAAGGACCUGGGAGGCGGGGGGGCCGCCGCCGCCGCCUGCCCCUCCUCCUCCUCCUCCUCCUCCUCGCCCUCCGGCCAUGGCAAGCCAAGGGCCAACCACUCGGGGGACUAUCUGCCCUGCUUUGCCUCUGACCAGCCCUACAAGCCCGAGAGCGGGCCGGCCAAAAUCCUAAAUGAGGAAGGCAGCGACCGGAAGUACACCAGCCCCGUUUAUCCUUGGAUGCAAAGGAUGAACUCGUGUGUUGGUACAAUAUAUGGAACGCAUGGGAGACGGGGCAGACAGACGUACACUAGAUACCAAACCUUAGAAUUAGAGAAGGAAUUCCAUUAUAACAGAUAUUUAACCAGAAGACGACGGAUCGAGAUUGCAAAUGCUCUCUGCCUUACUGAACGACAGAUUAAAAUCUGGUUUCAAAACAGGCGAAUGAAGUGGAAAAAAGAAAGCAAACUGAUCAAUUCUACCCAACCCUGCGAAGAAUCAGAGGACAAGUCAGGGGAGUAAAAUAAUGCUUAAUAAAAAUCAUUUCACUAGUAUUUUCCCAACCUUUCCUAAGCCUCCACGUUAUGUUUCCCCUUCCAGUGAAAUCCCCUUAGUCUGUUUUUGUUAAUUAUAUUAUUAUCAUUUCAAAGGUUUGAUUAAAAUACAUGCAUAUUUAUAUAUCUGUUGCUAUAUUUGCAAUUCACUAUAAAUUACUUUGCCAAUAGAACUAUUGGCUGUAGAAAUGUGUGAUAUACUGUACAUAGUCAGAUCUUCAGAUCUUAGAGCAGAGUGAUUAAAAGCUUCCGAUAUUGUGAAGAUCUUAAAAAACAUCAAAAAUAUGCUCAACGUCCAUGUCUGUAUGAAAGUCUGCGGUGUGAAGGUCUGGCUUCUAGGCACAAAAAAAUGUCCACUGGCUUAUUCAAAUAACCUACAGCUACUUAUUUAUGUCUUUGCUUCUAACAUGGGAUAAAUUGUUGCUUAUUGUUCACCUCCCUUUCACCGCAGACUCGCAACCAUUUAUUCCCAAGAUAAGCCCGAUUGAUUUCAAUGGGACAUUUAAAUAUUGCCUCUCAUGGAAAAUCUCUAGCACUAAAAUAUUAUGGAUUAAAAAGGAAAGGUAUUUUCCACACGUAUAGUUUAAAUAUAUAAUUAGG